UUCUACAAGGUCAAAUUAUACCGCUAACAAAGCCGUGGAUGGAGAUAUUCACUCCUGUGCUACAACUCAGUCCCAGCAGGACCCCUGGUGGAGAGUGGACUUAGGAGCAUCGCGGGUUGUGGCUAAGGUCAUCGUUACAUACAAAAAUCAAAUGGAAGGACUUCAAGUCUGGAUUGGUUAUGACAGUGACAAAAGAAGAAGUUCAAACUUGCUUUGUGGAGGAAAAACCCUUUCCAAAACAUUUUUAAACAUUUCUCAACGACUUACCAUAUAUUGUCUACCCAGACUUGUCGGAAAAUUUGUUUUUAUUGAAGAUUCAGGCGCUAACAGAACACUGUCCUUAUGCGAGGUGCAGGUUUAUUCCGAGAGAGAGACAAGCAAUGCUACUCAAGGACAUCCACUUCGAAGGCAGUGGACCAAAAGUUAUAAGCUGCAUUUGUUCCUAAGGAAUUGGAUCACCUAUAAAGAGAACAACUCGGAAAAGAUUUUCAGCGGCGGUAGGGGCAGCCAGAAUGAAAUAGUGAAACAAGUUCUGGUAGAAGUGACAAGGGCUCGGAUCAUUCGGUUCCAGCCAGUUGACUAUUAUAUUCACAAAGUUCUCAGAGUGGAAGUGUAUGGAACAAAAACACCUGCAGCUUCUCCUGUUCACCCCGUCAUUAAAAACAAAGAGAAGGAAAUAUUUCACAACUCUUCCAUAAAGUGGAAUUCUCCCGAUGCCAAUGGCUGCCCAGUGAGUAUGUUCUCAGUGUACUACAAAGCUAUCAAAUCACGAAAUGAAGAAAGCGCUUGGCAUCAUAUCAAUACAUCGUCGGAUGCAAAUGAGCUGAGCUGCAGUAGUCUCCCACUUGAAUGUGGCACAGAUUAUGAAUUCAAAGUGUCUGCAUGGAAUGACGUGGGAGAAAGUAACUUCUCAGAGUCCUGGCAAGUGAAAUCCAUCACAGGGUACCCAGCCAUUGUCAACAGGACUAACCAAGUGAAUGGAAGUGUUGUGGUUGUCCGUUGGAAGCCGUGUACUGCUUCUUUAUUCACUAUAUAUCACAGAGAAAUGCUUUCAGAGGGCAAAAGUCAUUGGAAAGCAGUAAACGUGUCGAGGCAUGAAACAAGUUAUGAUCUCCAUCUUGGAUGCCAAAAGGAGCAUGAAAUAGCUGUAACAGCCUGGAACUCUUCAGCAGAGACUCCACUUACAUCAAUAUUAAAGCACGGCCGACUUUGGAGAGUGAGAACGUUUGGAGAUAAACCGUCUCCUCCGAUUAUAAAAAGCAAAGAAGUUCAGAUGUCUGGAUGUGAUGUGAAUCUCAAGUGGGGUUCUACACAAGACAACGGCUGUCCGCUGACCAUGUAUACAGUAUAUUACAGAGAGGUGCAAUCUUUGGGUGAAGAUGAGUACUGGCAUCACAUCAAUGUUACCAUGGACUCUACUUCAACGAAUCUCACGUCGCUCAAUUGUAACUCUGAGUACACUUUUAAAGUGACUGCUUGGAAUGAACUGGGAGAAAGUAAUACCUCAAAAGAAUGGCGUAUAAAAACUGCUCAGAUCACUGACAUUUCUCGCGGACGAACCCUCAGCAUUGCUGUAUUUGUAGGAUGUGGGCUAUUUAUUCUCUUAACUGUUGGAAUCCUUUGCUUCAUGAUCAGACAAAGGAGAAAAAAGAGGAAAAUUCGAGGCCACAAAACAAGAAGAUCGAUGUCAGACAUUGUCCCCUUGCUGUUAAAAGAGAUUCCCCCGGAACGUGUAACCAUUAUGGAAGAGCUGGGUCGAGGCGCCUUUGGUAAAGUACACAAAGGAAUCUUAAAAGAAAUGCCGAAGGUUGAAGUGUUUUUCAAGCCCAAAGAAGAAAGAGAGGAUCAUAUUAAAGAAGGAAGAGUUGUCGCCGUAAAACUCUUACAUGAAAGAGCUGGUGAGGAAGGGCAAGAGCAGUUUGUCAGAGAAAUUUCGUUUAUGCAGCGAGUUGGUACUCACAGGAAUGUGCUAAGCAUGAUUGGUUACUGGGACAGAUCAGAGCCAAUCAUGCUAAUCCUGGAAUAUGUUCCACAUGGAGAUCUUCUGCAGUGGCUGAGGAACAAAAGGCAACAGGUAAAAUGUAAAAACGGCAUUGAUGGCGUUGUUUUUGAAUCUGUGGACGAUUUAUCAGACAGUAGUGCGAGUUCAAAUGGAGCUGCCUCAACUGGUAAGUCAGAGGACGAAGGCUUUCACGAUAGUAGAGAGAAACUCACGACUGUGCAGGAAUUCAAAGAAGUCUCCGAAAAACAAGACUUCAGCGUCACGUCGGACAUUUUAAUUAAUCUGGUAGAACAGCCAUUUACAGACGAGAAAAGGAAUGACACUGAAGAACUUGGCAUAAAAAUUUCCCAAACUGAUUUUCUAUCUGACCUCGAAGGAGAGACAAACUCACAGAGCCAACAGUCCAAUGAACUGAGUUACAUGGAUGUGACUUUGCCCACUGUAAGUGCAAACACUGCAUUGCCCUUUGUAAGUGCAAGCACCAGUUUGGAAGAUUUUAACGCUGAUUUUCGAACCAAUAGUGGAAGCGGAGACGAUUUGAACAUCAAGAAGGCAGAGAAUGAAAACGGAAAUGAAGAUAAAGGGAGAGAGGGAGUGAAAUCAUCGAUUGAUAAAGAGGGAACUAUCGGCAUUUCAUUUAAAAGUGCCCGUUCCUUACCGCAGCCCCAGGAGAACAUGGAGCGACAACUAGAAACAAGUGAAGCUGGUGAGAAGGCAGUUGACUUCACCGUUGAAGAUGUACUUUGUUUUGCAUGGCAGAUAGCAAGAGGAAUGGAGUACUUAGCUGGUAAGGGAUUUGUUCACCGUGACCUGGCAGCACGUAACAUCCUUAUUGGUGAAGACAGAGCUGUAAAGAUUGCUGACUUUGGCCUGUUACGUCACACGUAUGGGGAUAUUUAUGAAAUAAAGAACACGAGGAAACUUCCAAUCAAAUGGAUGGCACCUGAGUCACUAGACAGUGGCGCAUACACUUCUAAAAGUGACGUUUGGUCUUUUGGUGUACUUCUUUGGGAAUUGUGCACAAUGGGUGGCAUCCCCUACCCUGGAAUAAGCAACAGAGAGUUGUUAAGACUUCUUAAGUCAGGAUAUCGAAUGGAAAAACCAGCCAUUUGCUCUGAUGAGCUAUACGAGUUGAUGUUAGACUGUUGGAGGGUAGACCCAGAGGAGAGACCAUCAUUUGAACAGCUGAUGACAAGAAUGGAAGAAAUGAUGACGAGGGACACUCCUUACUUUGAUCUGAAUGAAGACCAUGAAAGCGAUGCCUCUAACACUGAGACGACACCCGAAACUGACCAACCACAUGCGUGAUUAGUGUUUAGAUGGACAACAUUUUAAGGAAUCUAUAGUAACAGUGAUAGAAAAUAAUUAUAAUUGAUAGUAAUAUAAAAUGUUCUCAAAAAUUGCAUCAUUGAUAAGAAAGGAAGAAA